AUGCGAUAUUCGUGGCCACGAACAGUCCCACAUACCACGAAUAGCAGCACCGUCCAGGCAUUCAUUGUGGCUGUCCAAUGUCAGCAGUCAAACACUCAGCGCCGCAGACUGUUUGAGGUUGUUUGCCUGCGCCUCAUGUGUUCGGUGUUUGUGCUCGUCGCCGAAGCGCUCAUCCGCUUUCUCGCCGCUAUCACUCACUGCUAG